AUGUCAGUCGACCAGCACGCUCCCAGCCCGCCUCCCGCGCAACAAGCGGCCCCUGCGCCCGACAACGCACCCGCUCAGCAAACCAACGGCGCACCCCGCCCCAGCGUCGACAACCAGCAGGGCCAGCACCCGAAGACGCCAACCGACAACACCCACGACGCGUCCACGCUCACCCAGCCUCCAGACACCUCAAUGUGCUCUCCAAAGAACCCCUCUUCAAAUGCUUCAAACCACCCCCAGCACCGCUCCUCAUUUCUCUCAAAGCUCAUCCACUUCCUCGUCCCCUGCAUCACACCCUCCAACGCACACCAAAUCGACAUCCCCGACCAGCCCCAGCCCCAGCCCCAGCAGCCCCCCUCAGAAAAACCAGCUGCAGAGCUCGAAAAGUCUCCGCCUGCCCUCCAGACUCCCCCGGACCCUUCCCCACCCACUGACCUCCCAAAGCCCUCCAUAAUCACUGACGCACGCCCAGCCACCCCGCUCGCAGACGAUGCUCAACUCAUUCUUCCCCCAACCCCAACCACACAGCUGCUGCCUGCAGAGGAAACAGAGGGCAUGACAUCCGGUGCUGUCCAACCCCCAGGCUCCAAGGGCGACACUCCAAUACACGAAAAGCCUCAUCCUUCUCCCACUGACACCGCUGUUGACGAAAACGAGUCCGAGGGUAGCUUUACCGAGGACGAAGACCUCGACGACCAGGAGGAAGAGGACAGACUGAUUCUCAACGGUGGUGCAGGCAUCCCAAUCGGCCCAGAUGGCGUGCCCAAGCCCCUCCUUCCUCCUAUUUCUCCACAGCACGCUGGCAGAAAAUGCCUCGUGCUCGACCUCGAUGAGACGCUUGUUCACAGCAGCUUCAAGUCGAUAUCCCAGGCUGAUUAUGUCGUUCCUGUGGAAAUCGAGUAUCAUUGGCAUAAUGUCUAUGUCAUUAAGCGCCCAGGUGUAGACAACUUCUUGAAGAAGAUGGGUGAAAUUUAUGAAAUCGUCGUCUUUACUGCCAGUUUAAGCAAGUACGCCGACCCCGUCCUCGAUAAGCUCGAUAUCCACCAAGUCGUAUCACAUCGACUUUUCCGAGAGAGCUGUUACAACCACAAAGGAAAUUAUGUCAAGGAUUUGUCACAACUGGGCCGCCCUAUUGCGGACACCAUCAUUCUCGACAAUUCUCCUGCUUCAUAUAUCUUCCACCCGAACAACGCUGUCCCCGUCUCUUCAUGGUUUAAUGACCCUCAUGACACCGAGCUAACUGAUCUGGUCCCAUUCCUGGCUGACCUCAGUGGCGUCGAAGAUGUUAGAGGGGUGCUAGACGGCGCUCGGUAG